AUGAUUCCUGCAGUCACAGCCAAGUACGACUGGAUCCUCGCCCUUAUCUCCAUUGCCUUUGUGGCGAGUGCCCUUGGUAAUGGAGCCAACGAUGUCGCCAACUCCUAUGCUACCUCGGUGGCUGCUCGCACCCUGGAGAUGUGGCAAGCCGGUAUUCUUGCCGCUUGUACUGAAUUUGUCGGUGCGGUGGCUCUUGGUCAACGUGUGACGGAUACGAUCAAGGAUGGCAUCAUCGACAUCUCCCGCUUCAAGGGUAAUCCUGGGACUCUCAUGCUCGCUAUGGGCUGUGCCGAGUUUGGCAGUGCCGCCUGGUUGACGCUUGCGAACUACAUAGGCUUCCCAGUGUCAACCACGCAGACUAUUGUCGGUGCCCUCGUCGGCGUUGGAUUCGCUGCGCAGACUGACAUCCACUGGGAAUGGACCAAAGGUAGUGUGUCGCAGGUUGCUGCGUCCUGGGGUAUUGCUCCUGCUAUCGCUGCCGGCUUCGCUGCUAUCAUCUUUGCCUCUGUCAAAUACACCGUCCUUGAACGCCAGGACCCCUUCAAGUGGGCCAUGCGCCUGAUCCCUAUCUACCUCGCUGUCACUGGAGCCAUCCUAGCUCUCUUCAUUGUGAUAGAAGCCCCGAGCGAGCCCUUCGAGACCUUCAGCGUCGGCAGCGGUGUUGGAAUCAUGCUGGGCGUGUUUUUUGGCUGCCUGCUCAUCGGUGUUGUCUUCUUCUUGCCCUACUUUCAACGUCGCCUAUGCAGGGGUGACACUCGCGUCAAGUUCUACCAUCUGCCUCUUGGACCUAUGCUGUUGAUGGACAACUGCCCGUUGUACUUCCCGUCCAAGAGCGAUGCCGUCGUCGUCGACUACUACCAGGACUCCUAUGGCGAGGUGGUGGCUGGAAAGAAGGGUGCCAAGUCUGAAGAGACUCAGGACACCUUUGAGCCUAAGAUGAUGGGAGAGACCACUGACAUCCAGCGCAACCUUGACUCUGUCGAAUCGAGCCCAGAGAUCAAGCCCAAGGAAAAGCACAUCGAGCCUGAGGAACGCUUCCUUGACCCUGUCCGGGACCUCCCCUGGUACUCUCCUACCAAAAUCUGGGGCUAUACCAAGUUCUGUCUCCUUCAAGGUGUCACACGCGAUGUGGUCUCUCACGACUCCGAGCGCCUCCGCGCUAUUCACGCCCGAGCCAGCAAAUACGACAAUCGUGUGGAGCACCUGUGGACCUACUGCCAGGUUGUCUCCGCGAUGAUGAUGUCCAUUGCUCAUGGUUCGAACGAUGUUGCCAACGCUGUUGGUCCCUGGGCGGCUACAUACAGCACCUACCUUGCUGGCGAGGUUAGCACCGAGGCUCCCACGCCUGUUUGGUUCUUAGUCAUUGCCGGUCUUCUCCUAGGUACUGGCUUCUGGUGCUACGGAUUCAAUAUUGUGCGUGCACUAGGCAACAAGAUCACCCAGAUGUCUCCCACUCGUGGUUUCUCCACUGAGCUGGGUGCCGCCAUUACCGUGCUGCUCGCCUCGCACUUUGGUCUGCCUGUCUCGACCACACAGUGUCUGACUGGUGCUUCGAUGGGUGUUGCCCUGAUGAACUAUGACCUGGGCGCUGUCAACUGGAGACAGCUGGCUUUUAUCUUUGGUGGCUGGGUGCUCACCUUGCCUUGCGCUGGUCUCAUCAGUGGACUGUUGUGCCUGAUGGCAUUGAACACUCCUCACUUCUGA